CAGGUCUCCUCUACCAGUGAACCGGAUGCUCCGUCAGUUUCCUCCUCGGCGUCCUCCGGCGCUUCCCGGCUCCCUGGCAAGGCCGCAGGCAUCCACGGGGGGACGGUCAGGGGGCUCCCGGCGGCUGGCCUGGCAGGUGUAGGGCGCCGGUAGGAGCUGGGCGCACACGGUUACCGAGCGUGGAGGAGACACGUCCCUGCGGCGAUGGGUGCCAGGGGCGCUCCUUCACGCCGGAGGCAGGCGGGGCGGCGACCGCGGUAUCUGCCCACCGGGAGCUUUCCCUUUCUCCUCCUCCUGCUGCUUCUCUGCAUCCAGCUCGGUGGAGGACAGAAGAAAAAGGAGAAUCUUUUAGCUGAGAAAGUAGAACAGCUGAUGGAAUGGAGCUCCAGGCGCUCAAUCUUCCGAAUGAAUGGUGACAAAUUCCGAAAAUUUAUAAAGACACCACCUCGCAACUAUUCUAUGAUUGUUAUGUUCACUGCUCUUCAACCUCAGCGGCAGUGUUCUGUGUGCAGGCAAGCUAACGAAGAAUAUCAAAUACUGGCUAACUCCUGGCGCUAUUCCUCUGCUUUCUGUAACAAACUCUUCUUCAGUAUGGUGGACUACGAUGAGGGAACAGAUGUUUUUCAGCAGCUCAACAUGAACUCUGCUCCUACAUUUAUGCAUUUUCCUCCAAAAGGCAGACCCAAGAGAGCUGAUACUUUUGACCUUCAAAGAAUUGGAUUUGCAGCUGAGCAACUAGCAAAGUGGAUUGCUGACAGAACGGAUGUUCAUAUUCGUGUCUUCAGACCACCCAACUACUCUGGCACCAUUGCUUUGGCCUUGUUAGUGUCACUUGUGGGUGGUUUGCUCUAUUUAAGAAGGAACAACUUGGAGUUCAUCUAUAACAAGACUGGUUGGGCCAUGGUAUCUCUGUGUAUAGUCUUUGCUAUGACUUCUGGCCAGAUGUGGAAUCAUAUCCGUGGACCACCAUAUGCUCAUAAAAACCCACACAAUGGACAAGUGAGCUACAUCCAUGGGAGCAGCCAGGCUCAAUUCGUGGCAGAGUCACACAUUAUUCUGCUACUAAAUGCUGCUAUCACCAUGGGGAUGGUUCUUCUAAAUGAAGCGGCAACAUCCAAAGGCGAUGUUGGAAAAAGACGGAUCAUUUGUCUAGUGGGAUUAGGCCUGGUGGUCUUCUUCUUCAGUUUUCUACUUUCAAUAUUUCGUUCCAAGUACCACGGCUACCCUUACAGCUUUUUAAUUAAAUGAAGCCGAGUGGGAUUUGCAUAAAGUGAAUGUUUACCAUGAAGACAAAGUGUUCCUGACAUACUAGUUCAAAUUCUUGAGUUCAUUUCCUUGCUGAUUGUGAUAAUCCAGCUGUUUCUUGUACAAUUUUUUUAAACGUGAGUUUUCCUAGUAAACUUAAUUCACAGACAUGGAUGGUUAAAUUUAAUAUGGAAAGAACAAAGACAUCAUUGAAGUGUUUUUUCAAGCAUAUUAUAUUCACUGUAUGCAAUAGGUUGAAAUAAAUGACAAUACAGUUAUGAAUUCAUGCUUUUAAACUGUUCACUCACUAGUAACGAAAACCACAAUGUUAGUAAAGGAAAACUAUGAAAUGUAUCUUAAUGCUUGGGAUUGUACAGAGAUAGGUGUAUGCAUGAAAAUAUGUACUGAAAAAUUAUACUUUCUGCAGUUUCAGUAUAAAGGACAUGUAUGGUUA